AUGCAUUCGUAUGCGACAAUAAUUUUCAAUAUAUUUUUGAUUGUCGGUUUAUCAAAACCUGUGCUUGGAUAUUCGGCGGAAGUGGUCAAAAACUUGACAAAAUACAUGUUUGAAACCAACGCAUACGAUAAAACGCUUCGUCCAUCAACAGAUCAAUCAACGGCAACAGAACUAUCUGUGAGUUUCCACUUGAAGAGGAUAAAAAGGCUGGAUGAACUGGAGGAAAAAAUGGUCACUACGGCAUAUCUCACUCUGGAAUGGCGGGACGAAUUCCUGACGUGGGAUCCGACAGUAUUUCCUGUAUACAGAUUACCACUUCCUCAAAACACGGUGUGGAAACCGGAUUUCGUUCUGAAAAACGGAUUCACGGAAUUCAAGGAACUAGGAGGUUCCUUUUAUUACGUCAUGGUCUCAUUUGAUGGAACAGUAACCUGGAAGCCUUACCAGGUGUUUGAAUCUCAGUGUUCUAUAGACGUUACUUAUUUUUCAUUCGAUACCCAAACCUGCGACAUUGUUUUUACAUUGUGGUCACAUUUUCAGAACCAAGUGGAAAUAAGACCUCUUAAUGAUGACAUUGAAUUGGUUCAGUAUCAAGGCAACAGCAUUUGGGAAAUCACAUCUACUAGCCAAAUUGUAGAUAAUUCUAGAAGUAAUGCUGACAUCACUUUCAAUCUCCGUUUGAAACGGAAGCCAUCACAUUUCGUCGGAAAUAUUGUUCUACCCAUUUUAUUUCUUGGAAUCCUAAAUAUACUUGUGUUCGUCAUCCCUGCCGAUGCUGGAGAGAAGAUGUCGUACUCUAUUACAGUAGCGCUUGGAUUCAUGGUAUUUCUGACGAUCAUCAGUUCGGAACUGCCUGCAAACUCGGACACCACUCCAUACCUCACGUCUUACCUACAGAUUCAGAUCAUCAUGGGAGGAAUAGCUCUGAUAGUUUCCUCACUGCAGCUUCGCUUACGAAAUAACGAUGAAGGUCAAAAGGUCAAUGCAUUUUUUCAAUUGAUUGUAAAAUUGUCGCCGCGUUGUCAAGUCAGGAAACGUAAGAAUAUGAAUGUAGACACUGUCGUUCGCCUUGAUGAUAUAAAAGAGAAUAAACUGGUCCAUGAUGACGGGGAGGACCAGGUUACUUGGAAUGACGUCUCCUCUGCGAUAGAUUUUCUUAUGUUUGGUGUCUAUUGUUUGGCUUACUUCAUUACUUCAGCUUCUGUGGUAGCCAUAAUGAAUGGCGGGUAG